AUGAGGUCAAAUGGAAAAUUAAUGACUCAUAGUUGGUUCAUAUCUAAUACAUGGCCACAUUUACGAAUUUACGAAUACAUGAUUGGUGGACAUCUUUAUGGAAUAAUGGCUUAUGUUUAUGUAUAUACCCGAUUUGCAUUGUCAUACGCCCCCUUGGCUUCAGACUACGACGAAGAACAACAAGUAGACACGCUUUGUCCGCGAGGGCAUAAACACCGUGAAGGUGUAGCCCAGCAGCUUCAACUAGCUCAGUCUAAGCGACCGCAUGGUACUCACUGGCACCAAGCAAGCAAUUCAGGUUCCAUUACAACGUCAUCCGUAGGGAGCUAUAGCGGUGGCCGUUGUUCGUCGGAAGCGACUACAGGAAGUUCACCUCACGGGUACAUUUCGAGUAAGUUUUCGCAUCAUCCAAUGAAAGGCGAAUUGGACGACCUGAGCAUUGCAGAAUCAGAAUCCGAAGAUCAGCCUGCGGAACUAAUCCCAUUAGGCAUGUCUACGUACAGUUUGUCAGGCUGCAAAACACAUCGUAAGAAGACUCGAAGCCAUUUCACAGAUUUUUAUAAGUUAGCGGAUGAUCAUCUUGGGUCAGGUGCAUAUGCAAGUGUAAAAACGGGUAUAUCACUUGCAACCGGUAAAGAAUUUGCUAUUAAAUUAAUCGAUAAACACGAAGCUGGUCAUACACGUUCACGCGUGAUGCAUGAAGUUGAAACAUUUAAUUUAUGCAAGAAUCAUCCAAAUAUUGUACAGCUUCAUGAGUGGUUCGAAGAUCAUGAUCGAUUUUACUUGGUCUUUCAAAAAAUGCGUGGAGGUCCACUCCUUGACCAUAUUCAGCGCAAGAAAUUUUUCACGGAACAAGAAGCGAGCAAAGUGACAAAAGAUAUUGCUACGGCACUCAAGUUUUUGCAUGAUCGUGGAAUUGCACAUCGUGAUGUUAAGCCAGAAAACGUUCUCUGUUCCAAUAUUGAUCAUGUAACCCCAGUGAAGCUUUGUGAUCUCGAUCUAGCGAGCAAAGCGAGUGUUCCAUCACCACCACGAUUGACCAAUGUCAACAGUGAGCCAGACUUAGCAAGUCCUGUAGGAAGUGCAGAAUUUAUGGCACCAGAGGUAGUGGAUGCAUUCGUUGGUGAUGCUUUGAAAUAUGAUAAACGUUGUGAUAUGUGGUCGCUUGGUGUCAUCGUUUAUAUUAUGAUAUGUGGUUACCCACCUUUUUAUGGCGAAUGCUGGCGUGAAAAUUGUGGCUGGGAUCAAGGUUUGGCUUGUAAUGAUUGUCAAGAAAGUUUGUUCAAGCGUAUCCAGCAAGGUGAGUUUGAUUUUCCGAAACCAGAAUGGGAGAAGGUCAGCAAAGAAGCAAAGGAUCUAAUUUGCCAUCUGCUGGUUAAAAACGUGCGUCAACGUUUCACUGCUGAUGAAGUAUUGAAACAUCCUUGGGUGAAAAAUGGUGCGCCAGAAACUAAAUUGCAGACUCCCGGGAAUUUAUUCCGCAAUGAUAGUACUCGUGAUGUUCAUCAGAUGCAGGAACACUUUAAUGUCAUGAAUCGUAUAGUUGCGGCUCGAUUGAGCGCUCGUAUAGAGCAAAAUGAGCUUGAUUCAGAAGAUAAAUUGAUCGAUAAGCAGUCAAUUAUGCAACGGUUACCGAAAAAUAAGGUUUCAAAAAACACGACGGCAGAAGACAAUCCGGCGAAAAUGAUGGAUUCGAAAAAGAAUUGCAAUAUGGUUACAGCAAAAGUUGAGGCAACGUUUCGAGAGCACUCUUUUAUAUCGAAAAUUAAUAAAACAAAAGCUAAUGAUAACAGUGGAAAAUUGAAUAAUGUGCAGAAGAUAAUAAUGCGUAAAGUCCCAAGUCAUGGUUAUAACGUUGUUCAUCACGCGGCCUCGACUAUUCCUUUCAUAAAUAAUGAUAGCAAUGGGGCUACGCAUUAUCCUGUCCACGUCCCACAGAUGCCAUUAGCUUCUCCAGUACGAUUUCCAUAUGGAGUGCCUUUGAUACAAGCUCAACAACUUGAUGUGCAUUUACCCUCUUUUCAGCCACAUCGGAUUGUUACUGAUAAUAGAAUGCUAUACUACCCUCACAUGUUUCCUCCACCAAUUCUGACUCCACAGCAGCUCUUACCUCUGCAAGGGAUCGAUGUUGAUUCGCAUUCAUACCUUAUGAAUAGAGCCGUUAACGUGGUGCCUGAUCAAAUAAAUAAUAGCGAUAUACUGAGUGUGAGUGAAACGGAAAAAGGACAACAGUUGCAAUCUAAGGAGAUUGCGAAACGUGCUCAACCUCAGCAAGUAAUAUGUGGACCAGUUCGACGGACGAUGGUUACUGUACGUUCCGCUGCAAAUCUGUCCGGAUUAUCUUUUUGCGGUAGUCAUCAAACAGAGCAGUUAGAAACAUGUCAGGGUGCAGUAGUUAAGCAGGAUUCAAAAACUGAUUUGGGACAGUGUCAAGCGCGUGAAACUCAGGUAAACGUGUAA